AUGGGUCAAAGUUAUUCUCGCAGUCUUUCAUCAUCCCCAGCUCAUUCUAAAAAGUGGCAGCUAAUUGCGCUCAAGAAAAUACCCCGGUAUACUGAUGGAACACUCUGCCGCAAUUGCGCAGAUCUACCCAUAUGGGAAACACUUGCAGACAAUACUCCCUACUCAGGAGGGCUUGCUCGAACAAUCAUACUGAGCGCAAGUUGUACACACUGCGGGAUCGUGAUUGAAGCCCUCCGAGGCCAGCCCCAUCCUUUGUAUGAGGAAAUUCCGACCACCGCGGUCUAUCGUGUGUCAGGACAGCCCAGCAUAUGUAUUUACUUAUCGGACAAGAGUGGAGGCCGGGACUUGAGAAGCCAUAUUCGGCUUCUAGCAGAAAGCCGAAUGCGGUUGACAACCAGACUCCUAUCGCACCAUACACUCGAUGGUGAUCAUUUUGGUCGUACCAUCAAACAGCAGAUCGACUUCCGCCUCGUUCGGUCCUGGCUCGAUGAGUGUAUAAACCAUGCGGACCAUGACUGUGGGAGCGUGCGAUCGGACCUCCCGUUCAUUCUUUUGAUUGAUGUUCAAGACAGACGACUCGUGAGAGCAAGAGGGCAUGUCAAGUAUCUGGCACUGAGUUAUGUCUGGGGCCAGGUGGGAGGGCUUCAGACGGUGACCCAGAACUACAAGGCAGUGCAGGAGAAAGGGUCACUUUGCCCAGAUAAUCCGGACAUACCGCGAGUCAUCACGGACAGCAUGAUCCUUGUGCAACAACUUAACGAGCGCUAUCUAUGGGUGGACCGCCUGUGUAUCAUCCAGGAUAUGGGGAAGAUGCAAACCAUGGCUUGCCAGGUGUUAGACCUGGGUCUCGGCCCCGCCGACGAUCAGACGAGUGAAGGGCGUCGCCCUUACGCCUGCACUUCCCGACCUUCAUUAUGCUUUACAGCGUCUCGCUACACGAGUCGUGGGUGGACUUUUCAAGAAGUCUUACUCUCUCCUAGGCGUCUGUUCAUCUCGGAUCGGCAGGCAUACUUCACCUGCAUGGAAGGUAACGGAGCCCACUGCGAGGACCGUAACCAUACUCUUGAUUACCUAUCCUUUAAGCAAGUCUACGGUUUAACAGACCGGCUAGGACUAUACGGGGGUCUAGUGGAAAGCUACACACGACGGACCUUGACAUACGAUAGUGACAUCUUGGAUGCGUUUUCCGGAAUUUCGUCGAUCUUGAUGCGCGACAAUCCUAUGCAUGGCUGGGAGGAGCUGUAUUCCGGUCUUCCUCGGCGGGAAUUUCUAUAUUCUCUGCUCUGGUCUCCCAUCGAGACUCCCGUCCGACGCCCACCGAGGAGAGCAGACCUCAUUGAGGAAUCCUUUCCAAGCUGGUCCUGGAUAGGCUGGAAAGGUCUCAUAUCCUACCAGCCGGUCUGGGCUUGGAGCAACAUGAAGGGGAGGGAGGAAGUUUUUGCGCCUGGUCCGAUCAAGCUUAUACAGCCCAAUGGAGCAGAGACGACGGUAUACCAACCGCAGGGAGGCUCUCAUGAGGGUUACUGCUCAUGUGCGAUUUGGGAACGGAGCCCGUACACGCCCGCGUGCGUGCAUGGCACUUCUGAACCUAUAUCUGGCCCUUCCAGCCCAGCGAGCCAGAGUGUUCUUCACUUCCGGACUCUUUCUAUUCCAGCAGACUCUUUCUCCUAUGAAGAAGGCUUAGGCCUUGAGAACGAUGGUAGGAUCGGCUGCUUUCGUCUCUUUCAUGAGCAAGAAUGCGGAGUCAUCAUCGGUCAAUUGCCCCGGGACAUUAAUCUAGAUGAAUGUAUGUAUAUAUUCUUGUGUUAUGGUAAGGAGCUGCCCAAAAAUACCUCGGUGAUGAGAAUGGGUGUGUACAAUGUGCUUUGUCGGGACUCUGAUUGGUGUGGCUGCAUCCCGUUUUGCCUGCUUGUUCGUGGCUGCGAAGGGUUCUGGGAGCGAGUUGGACUGGCUAUUAUUCAACCAAUGGCUUUUGAAGCAGCACAACCAAAAUGGGAGGAUAUUCAAUUGGCCUAGCAUAGCAAUCAGCAAGCGAUAAUACAAC